AAGAAGGAAACCCCCGAUGGAGGAAGCAGGAAGUUGGUUUACCAAGAAGGAGAGCACAUAAACAAUACACAAAGAACUGAACAAAACUCAAGAAGAACGUUUCACGCAUUUAUCGCAAUGGCCGGCAUUAAAGCACUGGUUGGUUUGUCCUUCAGUGGUGCCAUUGGACUUACAUUUCUUCUACUGGGUUGUGCACUGGAGCAAUACGGGAAAUACUGGCCGCUGUUUGUCCUGAUUUUCUACAUUUUAAGUCCCAUCCCGACCUUCAUAUCCAGACGCGUCAGUGAUGACACCGACAUCGAGUGGGGUGCCUGUGGUCUGGUGAUGACAGGAAACGCUGUCAUCUUUCUCACUAUUCUUGGCUUUUUUGUUGUGUUUGGAGGUGGAGACGACUUCAGCUGGGAGCAGUGGUAG